UAAGUCACAUGCUCCGCUGUGUUUUUAUAUUUCAACAUGGCUUUUCAAGCCUACCGAUUCCUUGUCUCUUUUGUAUCUUUAUUUGUCGUGUUUUCGUGUUUUGUCGCGGUCGAGGGACUACAAAAGGGCUUCUUUAAGUUUCAUAAACUGCACUAUACAAGACUUGCCACUGACGAGCAAUGGUUCAUACAGAAACUUGAUCACUUCAACGGCGCAGACAGCAGAGUGUGGAACCAAAGGUACUUUGUGAACGAUGCCUUCUACAAGCCAGGUGGCCCGGUGUUUCUUAUGAUUGGUGGGGAAGGUCCAGCCAAUCCAGCGUGGAUGCAGCAUGGAACCUGGCUUACUUAUGCAGAGAAACUGGGCGCCAUUUGCUUCAUGUUGGAGCAUCGCUUCUAUGGAAAGAGCCACCCAACAGCUGACCUGAGCACUGAGAACCUGAGGUUCCUCAGUAGUCGUCAAGCUUUGGCCGACCUGGCCCACUUUCGCACCGCCAUUGCUGAGAGCCGAGGACUGUUCAACAGGAAGUGGGUGGCAUUUGGAGGGUCGUAUCCGGGUUCUUUAGCAGCAUGGUUCAGGCUGAAGUAUCCUCAUCUGGUGCACGCCUCCGUUGCCAGCAGUGCUCCUCUUCACGCCACAGUCAACUUCCCAGAGUAUUUGGAGGUUGUGUGGCGUUCGCUGGCCUCAGAGAAUGCAGACUGUCCUCUACUAGUGAAAACAGCUUCGGAUAGCCUAACAGAGCGACUCAAAGACCCAAAGAACUACGAGAACAUCACCAAAGAUUUCAGUUUGUGUUCCAAACUGCAGAUUGAGACGGAAACAGACUCUGCCUACUUCCUGGAAAUGCUGGCUGGCAACUUCAUGGAUGUGGUCCAGUAUAAUGAAGACAACAGGGGGUUUGAGGGUGUACAGGGCACCAACAUAACAAUCAAGGUACUGUGUGAGGUGAUGGCGGACACGUCACUUGGAGAGCCAUAUGCCCGAUAUGCUGCUGUGGCCCGUCUGAUGAUGGACACAUUCUCAAUGAAAUGUCUGGAUGCUAGCUUCAACAACAACCUGAGAGACAUGACUAAUACAUCCUGGGAUGGGCCGGCCGGAUCGGGAGGGAGACAGUGGGUCUACCAGACCUGCUCUGAAUUUGGAUUUUACCAAAGCACUGAUUCACCUAACCAACCAUUCGCCGGCUUCCCUCUGGAGUAUCACGUGAAACAGUGUAAAGACUUUUACAAUAUCAGCGCCGAGCAGCUUGCGGAGGCUGUGGCUGAAACCAACGAGUAUUACGGAAGCUAUGACAUCCGCACCGCCAGAAUAGUCUUCCCCAACGGGUCAAUUGACCCCUGGCACGCACUGGGCAUCACUCGGGACAUCAGGGAUGAGCUGCCGGCUGUUUUCAUCAAAGGGACAGCCCACUGUGCCAACAUGUACCCAGCCAGAUCUGAGGAUCUCCUGCAGCUAACCCUUGCCCGCGACCAAAUCUUCUUACACCUCCAACAAUGGUUGAAGCAGUAAAUGCAAGUCAUUUCCACAUCGCACAUGCACUUGUCAACAUGCUUAACAGUAAAUGAACCACUGCUCAGAAACUUAAAUAAAGAUGAUUUUUAUGACAAUA